GCGAGAGAAAGAUUACGGUAUUUCGAACGAAUCUACGCCGAUUGCGCGUCGUACAUGCAUAUAUAAUACACGCGCAUAUCUGUGUAGUACACGUUGCGAGUCGAGUAGCGUCGAAACGAGCGAUUUGUCGCGACGAAGUAGCGGGAACGUGCAUAUAGCAUCCACGCGAUGCGUCACAAGUGAUGACGGAGAAAGAGAAAGACGGAGAGAAAUCUGUUUUCCGCUUGAAACGAUCACUUCAAAGCAAACGAGACGGGAAACAUUUGCCAAAUAAUAAGAUAGAUGAAUAGAUAAAUAGAUAGAUAAACAUAGAUAGAUAAAUUAGAUAACUUAGUGAAAUUAGAUAGAUGGAUAAAGAAGAGGAGAAAGCGAGAGAGAGAGAGAGAGAGAGAGAAGAAGAGAGAAUUGUGCGUGAAAGGAGAGAGAGAAGAGAGAAGGCGAAAGCGGAAGAGAGAGCGAGAAGCAAUUAUUACUGUGGGGGUGUUACGGACGAGCUAAAGGGGAAGACAAGAAGUUGAUGUUCUUGUUUGUUUGGUUGCAGGAGUUGAUGGGUGUGGAUGAGCGGAUGUUUGCGUGCAUGUACUGCGGUGCCUCGUUCCUCCACCAGAGCAAGCUGGCGCGGCACAUCCUCUCGCACAGCCUCGAGUCGCUCAAGUACCGUGAGCAGGCGGCCACCUGCAGCUGCAGGCUCAGCUGGGCCUCGAACCCGGUAUGCACCUGCCGCCGGAGGCCCACUACCCCACCGCAGGUACGAUCGAGCCGAUGGAUCUCGAGCUCGCGGCCCACUCGGACCCGACCUCCGGCGUCGUCCUCUGCAAGUUCUGCGGCAAGUCGUUCCCGGACGUUGGCUCCCUGAUAGCCCACCUACCGGCGCAUACAGGUGACAGGCCCUUCAAGUGCGAGUUCUGUGGCAAAGCCUUCAAGUUGCGCCACCACAUGAAGGACCAUUGCCGGGUGCACACCGGGGAACGGCCGUUCCGGUGUACCCUGUGCGGCAAGACCUUCUCGAGGUCGACCAUACUCAAGGCCCACGAAAAGACACAUUAUCCGAAGUAUGUGCGCAAGUUCCUGUCCCCGAGCCCCGUGGAUCCUUCCGAGGAAGAGGCCCCGCCGCCGCCACCGCCGCAUCAUUGAGUUCGCCUUAGACCGUGCAACAACCGCCACGUUCACCACCGCCGGAGGAACAAUCGCCGAUCGAUACACCUUCCUCAACCUACCCUCGUUCCUUCCCGUCGUUCUCCUACGUCCCGAGGUUUCGAGCACGCGAUCAUCAACGCCGUUCGCUACGCAUCGAUCGCCGCCACCAUCACUACCACCACCACCACCACCGCCACCGCCACCACCACCGUACCCGCGAUCCAGGAGAAGGAUUCUCCGGAACAACGGAUCACGAUCGCUUGUCCAAAGAUCCGUCGGUUAAUAGACGCGAUUGUCCCAGUGACACGGGGGAUGAUGCGGUCGGGCGUGGGAAACACGGACACGAGCAGUUCUACUACUAGUGGUGCCUCAUUCUCAUUCGCUCGUUGUUUCGUUUCGCAUUUCUUUCCUUAUUUAUCCCCGCUAUUACUACUGCUAUUACUAUUACUGUUACUACUAUCACUACUACUAUCGUUUCUUCUCCUGGUUAUCGUGUGUCAUCGUGUCCUUCUCUCGACACACCAGGUUCCGUCGUUCGACCUCCUCCCACCACUGCUCGUCUCGUUAAACGGCCGAGAAACGUUCGCGCGCCUCCUCCGUUGCCCACGCGUGGUCCCCGUGCCCGUUAUCUCUCCCUGCUAUCGUUCCUGCUCUCUCCUGUCUUUUCGUUCGUCUCCACGGAGGGUGUACACCUCCCGUUCAUCGAUCCCCACUGAGCGACGAGGCAAAAAGCCGGCGGUGUUUCUAGUUAGUCCUGUGAUUUUGGUUAGGAUGGUUGGUAAACGCGUGUUCAGAGGGAGGGACACGUUAAAACGAGCUCCCUCGUUUAAUCAGUGCUUUAAGACGAAACGUUUAGCUUAUAUAUAUACAUAUAUAUAUAUUAUAUAUAUAUCGAUAAAUUAUUGAAGGUAUAUAUAUAUAUAUGUGAGUGAGAGGAAGAGCGAGAGAAAGAAGUGAGAGAGAGAGAGAGAGAGAGAGAGAGAGAGAGAAGAAUAG